AUGGCCGUCUCUCCCGUCGUCACCAUCACACAAGAGCAAGUGCGCUCCUUGGCCUCGCCGCUCAAGAACCUUGCUUCGGGGCAAACCUCAUCUAAUGGCACACCGAAACCGUCCGCGGCGCCCGCCCCAACAUCUGCGCCGACGCUUCCUCCCACUCUGGACCUCUCGGAGCAGAUGAAUGAGGAAGAGAAGCGAAAAUACGCAAAGGGCAAGAAACUAGGUGAGGGUACCUACGCCGUCGUCUUCCUCGGCCACCUCCGCUCCAAGCCCUCGACGCUCGUCGCCAUCAAAAAGAUCAAGAUCCAAAAAGAAUACACCGAGGGCAUGGCGCCCGACGCCGUGCGCGAGCUCAAACACCUCCAGGAGCUCCACCACCCCAACAUCAUCUCCCUCCUGUCCGUCUUCUCCUCCAAGGACCAGAACCUCAACCUGGUGCUCGAGUACCUGCCGCUCGGCGACCUGGAAAUGCUCAUCCGCGACACGGACCGCGUGCGCUACGGCGCCGCCGACAUCAAGGCCUGGAUGGGCAUGCUCACCCGCGCCGUGUGGUUCUGCCACGAGAACUUCGUCCUGCACCGCGACAUCAAGCCCAACAACCUGCUCAUCGCCGCCGACGGCGACGUCAAGCUCGCCGACUUUGGCCUGGCCCGCAGCUUCGCCGACCCGCACCAGAACAUGACCUCCAACGUCAUCACGCGCUGGUACCGCCCGCCCGAGCUCCUCUUCGGCGCCAGGCACUACUCGGGCGCCGUCGACGUCUGGUCCGUCGGCACCGUCUUCGCCGAGCUCGUCAUGCGCGCCCCCUUCCUCCCGGGGAACAACGAGCUCGACCAGAUCAAGAUGAUUUGCGAGGCCAUUGGCACCCCGACCGACGACAACUGGCCCGGCGUCACCAAGCUGCCCGAGUACACCGUCCCCGCCCAGCACCCGGUCCACGCCAAGGACUGGUACGAGAUGCGCUUCGGCACCGUCGGCACCGACGGCGUCGACCUCCUCAUGAAGACCCUCGCCCUCGACCCCAAGAAGCGCAUCACCGCCCGCCAAAUGCUGCUCCACAAGUGGUGGCACUCCGAGCCCAAGCCCACCAGGAAGCAGGACCUGCCGCGGAAAACAACCGGUGCCGAGGAGAAGAUUGGCGCCGACUUGAAGAGGAGGCCCGGCGUCGUCGACGACGACAGGGGGGCCAAGGUUGCGAGAAAGCUGGAUUUCGGAGCGCGCUAA